GAUAAUCUGAAAUGGCACAUGCUGCAGUAUUGCUCGAUCCGGCGUUGGCACGCAUUAUCACUGCGUUCCAGCACGGCAUCUACAACGACCUGCUGCCACUAUGCAGCCUCCGACCACCGAAUCUGCGCAACCGUUACUUUUUUCCACAAGACACCAUCACGAAGAACGCAGCGUUGGUUCGUCCAUGGCUCCACACCCACGGAACCGUACGCAUCUGUCGGUCGGUCGCUUCGUUUGAGCGUUUUCGGCAUUGUCUAGCCUUGCACGCCAUCUUUGUUGGCGACCUAUCCCUCGUUGAGUUCCUUGAUGACCAGAACCUCCUUCCUCUUGACGUCCCACUCAUCGACGUCGCCGCGCAUUAUGGCCACUUGACCAUCGUCGAGCGCUUGCAUCCGCGCGGCACUGCCACGACAUGGGCAAUGGAUUGGGCCGCCUCCAGUGGCCAUUUGGCGAUCGUCCAAUUUCUGCAUGUUCAUCGUCUAGAGGGGUGUACGACGAUGGCCAUGACCAGAGCCGCUUUGGGCGGCCAUUUCAACAUCGUCGCGUUUCUCCAUUUAAACCGACGCGAGGGAUGCUCGCACAAAGCCAUGGACCAUGCAGCAGAGCAAGGACAUUUGAACAUUGUGCAAUUCUUACACACACACCGUUCCGAAGGGGCCAGCGAGAAGGCGAUCGAUUGGAGUGCCAGCAAGGGCCAUUUGGCCAUUGUCGAAUGGCUGCACUGGAAUCGAGCGGACGGCGCCACGUCAAGUGCUGUGGACUGGGCUUCCACUCAUGGACACACGGAGGUCGUCCAGUUUUUGCUGUCCCAUCGGACCGAAGGCGGCACGUCCAACGCGAUGGAUGGAGCCGCUUGCAACGGACACAUGGCAGUGUUGGAUAUUCUCCAGGCCCACGGAUACACAUGUACGACCGAUGCCAUGGACUUCGCCGCGGAAAACGACCAUCUGGACGUCCUCGAAUGGCUCCACGAACACCAGCCAGCAGUAGGUUGCACCGACGCAGCGAUGACCAGUGCCGCCACACGUGGACAUUUGGACAUUGUGAAAUGGCUCGUUGGCCACGACAAGCCUUGUGAUGCCGGCAAAGCGUUGUGUGGUGCCGCGGAAGGAGGGUACUUGGAUUCAGUCAAGUGGAUGUGGGAGCACGGGAUUCAACGAGACGUGACAACCGCCAUCCACAAAUCCAUGUCUCAAGGACAUGUGGACGUGGUCGAUUAUCUGUACGCCGUCAGUCGCACUUGAUUCCGUGCCGUACUGUAUAUCUAUGUACAAAUGUUCACUCUGCGCCUUACACUUAGGUUUAUGAGUAUAUCAAUGCAAUGGAUACAAUCGUUCGACCA